AAUCACAUGAUGACAGAAGAUGAAAAUUCAGAGACUAUAUUAAAGCCAUUAGUCUUUCGUGUAGAUGAAAAUACUCCUGAACUAGUUAAAAAUGUUCUUCUAGAACGUGGCUGGAAUAAAUAUAAUGAAGAUGUGAAGGACGUAGCAGAUUGGAACUUGUAUUGGCGGACCUCAGCUUUCCGUAUGAUUGACCAUAGCAAUGUUAAGCCAUGGCAACGACUUAAUCAUCACCCAGGGACCACCAGGCUUACUAGGAAGGACUACUUGGCAAGACAUUUGAAGCACAUGAAAGGAAUUUAUGGAGCAUCUCUUUAUGCAUUCUCUCCACUAACGUUUAUCAUGCCCAAUGACUAUAUUAAGUUUGUAGCUGAAUACUCCAGGGAGAAAGAGGCCCUUGGCACCAAGCCAAGCUAUUGGAUAUGCAAGCCAGCAGAACUGUCUCGUGGAAGGGGCAUAAUGAUUUUCAGUGACCUUAAAGACUUGAUCUUUGAUUGUGCAACGAUUGUACAGAAAUAUAUCACCAACCCCUUCCUCAUUGCUAGGUAUAAAUGUGAUCUGCGUAUUUAUGUGUGUGUUGCUGGUUUCCAGCCCUUAACCAUCUACCUCUAUCAAGAAGGACUGGUACGGUUUGCCACUGAAAAGUUUGAUCUCAAUAACCUGAAGAAUGAUUGCUCCCACCUGACCAACAGCAGUGUCAAUAAAACCGGGGCCUCCUACAAGAAGAAUAAAGAAGGGGUUGGCCGAGGUUGUAAAUGGACCUUGAGCAAGUUCUUCGCUUAUCUUCGCAGUCAGGAUGUGGAUGACUUGCUUCUGUGGCAAAGAAUCAACCACUUGGUCAUCCUCACAAUUCUCUCCAUUGCCCCCUCUGUCCCCUUAGCUUCCAAUUGCUUUGAGCUCUUUGGAUUUGACAUUUUGAUUGAUGACCAGUUCAAACCAUGGCUUUUAGAAGUGAACUUUAGUCCUGGCUUAUCUUUAGACUGUUCCACCGAUGUGUCAGUGAAGAGAAAGCUUAUCCAUGAUAUCAUUGAAUUGAUGCAUUUCAACCAAACUCGCCUGAGGAAAACCAAAAAGGAAUCUCGUGAAGCUUCAGGCCUCCAGCCUCAUGUUUCCUGGACUGGAAGUGAUAAAGAUAGAGUCUGUGAAACUUCAAAGCAUUGGUGUAAAAUUUCCUGGGCAGAAGGUAAGAAAGAUAGAGACCAUGAAACUUCAGGGCAAUGGAUAAACAUUUCUCAGUUUGGACAAAAAAGCACAAUUCAUGCCUUGUCUAGAUACACAUCUCAUAACAAGGAGACUUGCAUCUCUUCUAAUAUUUUCUCUUUAUUACAAGGAAAGGCCUAUACCAAUGAUUUAAUUGCCUUACAAAAAAAAGUCAAAGUUUUUCCUAAAGAAAUAUCUACUGAAAAACUAAGAGAAAAGAAGGUUUCAAAAGAUUCUGUACCCCCAGCUUUUCCAAAGAUAAGAAACAGACAGACUACAUUCAAGUCAUUCCAUCUCUUCCCGUCUUCUGAAUCAUGUAAGAAGAAGAAAAACAUCACCCCAUAUUUCCUGUCAGAUAUAGGUAUGAGGCCAUGCUCCCACGUAGGUGAUUUUGCUCUCAUUUUCCCUUUCAAUGAAGCUACUCUUGCAGCUACCAAGAAUGGACUGGAUCUCAAAAAGGUCAUCCAUGAACUCCAGAAACUUGUAAAUAAACAACCAACAACCGAGGCAGAGGAUAAAACUAAGAAAACGUGA